CAACUCACCCCCUACCAAAAAAAAAAAAAAAAUACAAAAAACCUUUAAAAAGAAGAAGAAGAAGAGGAGAAAAUUGUCUAGAGUUCGCGGCGACGAAGAAGAAGGUGUCUGGAAUCUUCGUCUUCACGCGAACGGGGUUCACGCCAUCGCUGACCUUCCUUGAAGGCCGGCCGUGCGAAUCGAGAGGGGGCUUUUUUGGUCUUUCGCUUUAAGUAUUUCUCUGAAUCUGUUUCUGGUGCGGAUCGGCAGAUCGUGAGAGGUUCCUUUGACGACGAUCGGAGAUGGCGGAAGAGCACCGGUUCCAGGCCCAGCAGCUCUGCGCCAACAACUGCGGCUUCUUCGGCAGCCCGACCACGCAGAACCUCUGCUCCAAAUGCUACCGCGACCUCCAGCUCAAGGAGCGGCGGUCGACGGACGCGAAGCUCGCCCUCAACCAGACCUUGACCCCCGCCUCCGCCUCCGCCUCCGCCUCCGCCGCAGCUGCGUCCUCGCCGCCCGCCAUCUCGACGGCUCCGCCCGCGGCUCCUUCGCCGCCGGCCGCGGAAGGUCGCGAGGCCGCUCCGCCUGCCGCGGCGGGGGGCCCCAGCAGGUGCGCCGCGUGCAGGCGGCGCGUGGGCCUCACGGGGUUCAAGUGCCGGUGCGGCGUGACGUUCUGCGGGUCCCACAGGUACCCGGAGCAGCACGGGUGCGGCUUCGACUUCAAGGCGAUGGGGAGGGAGCAGAUCUCGAAGGCCAACCCCGUCGUGGUCGCCGAGAAGCUCGAGAAGAUAUGACGGUGGAGCCGUUCGAUUCCGACUAUGACUUCCUCGGUGUUGCGAAUAGUUCGUGGCGGAUCGGCAGUCGUCGCCGGACGGCGGCAUCGGGAGAGGCCGGUGGUUGUUGGGGGCGCGUCUGUUGACAUUUGUGAAUUUAUGACGACGUGUCGAGCUGUCUUCGUUGAAUUAUGAAAGGAAUUGAAAUUAGCAUUUGA